AUGGCCGCACCUGCAGAGAAGACACUCAAGAACCUGACCGGUAAAUGGUCUUUGCGCGCGGCAACACAGAACAAGACCCUCUCCGGCAGCACAGACGCCCUCCUGGCCCUCCAGGGCAUCGGCUACCUCACCCGCAAGGGCAUCGGCCUGGCCAGCGUCACCCUCGACGUCAACGAGUACGAGGCGGCGCCCAAGCCGCCCAACACGGCCACCGAGAUCUUUACCCACAUCGACAUCGAGCAGACGGCCGCGGGGCUCAGCUCGACCCACGAGCGCCGCUGCGUCGACGACACCUGGCGCGAGCACGAGGACUGGCUCUUCGGCAAGGUCAAGGGCAGGACGAGAUGGGUGGGCCUGGCCGAGGUGGACGACGAAUUCCUCAAGAAGGACUGGGAGGAGGAGAAGGUCGGGGAGGACGGCAAGAACUUCAUCCUCAGCGAGGUGGAGAGCGUCGGCAACGGGUGGACCGCCACCCAGAUCUGGGGGUUCCAGAAGAUCGAGGGCGAGCGGCGCUACGUCCGGCAUGUCGUUGUCAAGAAGGAGGACAAGACGGAGGUUGUCAAGCUGGUCUACGACUACACUGGCCAGUAG